AUUUUGACAGCCCUCGCCGGAUGUCGCGCAUGUUGCUGGGAGACGUCGUGGGUGUGUUCCCGAGAAAAGUGGGUGAAAUGUCGACGUUGGUGCGAAGUCACCGCGCGCAGCGACCUGUGGACCAGAAGUGACCAGGAGCGGAAGCGAGCCACCAGCGAGCAGCGACGAUGGGCGCGAGCGAGAAGCCGAGUCCCGGGCCGAUCAGGUACUUCCGGCUGUCGGAGAUCGAGCAGCAGAACUCCGUCAAGUCCACCUGGAUCAUCAUCAACUACAAGGUCUACGACGUCACCAAGUUCCUGGAGGAGCAUCCCGGGGGGGAGGAGGUGCUGCGGGAGCAGGCGGGCGGAGACGCCACCGAGAGCUUCGAGGACGUGGGCCACUCCACCGACGCCAGAGAGAUGGCGCGCACCAUGGUGGUCGGCGAGCUGCACCCGGACGACCGGGACAAGAUGAAGAAGCCGGACGAGAGUUACGUGACCACGCUGAAGGAGGAGCCGAGCUGGUGGUCCAACUGGGUCGUCCCGGCGCUGGCCGCCGCCAUCGUCACGGCCAUGUACCACAUCUACACCUCCGAGAGCGACGUGUGACGUCACGGGGAGGCGGAGCUUCAGCCAGAGCCACCUGGAGUCAUGUGACCAGCGCCACAUGCUAACAUGCUAACGCCAGUGAUGAGAACACGUCAUGCAACUUCAAUAAAACAACGCUCGAGCUUGAGCCGCGUCCUGCAGCCAAAGAGAGGCGGACACACCGGGGACCGACUGCGUUUUCCAGACACUUUUAUUGCGUCUCGUGCUCCGACGCCCGGGCAGCAGCCGAGCCCGUAGCGCCCCCUAGUGACCAAGGUUGGGACUCCAUCAAAUGAAAAGGAAAGGAGUGACGUGGUCGACCGGAGAGCAGGUCGCCAACUCAACAAAAACGUUCACAGUCUCGAUUCAAACGUCGCCAAACAAGGGGGGAAAAAGAAAAAGCAAAACACCACAAGCGUUGGAAGCUAAAGGCUACGUAAAGCUUUCAGGUUCUUAUGGCCGACUGCCAGCACUGCUCGCGCUCACACAUGGCUUCUGCUCGAGUCCAAAACAAACACACAAACACACACACCACGGCUGCAAAUAAAUAUGUUAAAAACAUCCACGGCCAGCGCACGUCGCCCCCUGCAGACAAAUGCACGUGAGAGACGGAGAGGAGGCUGUUGGCUCGCAGGCCCAGAGCCGCUGUGCACGGCGGCGCAGCUGGCAUCAGCUCGGCCAAGUGUGGCUACGCUUCAGUUCCAUGAGUGAGGUUGAUGCGUUUUCCUGAUGAGGGCGCCCGCCGCUGAGUGACGUGGCGCCGCCUACACUAACGUUUUCACAGAAACGGAUUCGCCCUUUCGCUGGUGAAAACAGCCGCUGAUUGUCUGCAAUGGUUGCGCUCCGCCGCGGGCGCCAACUUAGCGUCACGCUAGGCUAGCGCCGCCGCUUCAGCCAGCCUCGUGUGGGAAGACGUAGGAUUUGACCCGACGUGAGGUGCCCCGACGCCGGUCAGGUCAGCGCGGCGGUGGCACAGCGCCAACGGCAAACGCACACAGAAACAUUGGAUUUGUUCUCUUGUAAAAAAAAAAGCAAAAA